GGCAUACCUCACUCGUGGCGGCACAACGGCGCGUCUGUCGGCCGAAGGCAACGAGCGCCGGUUCAACCGGAUGCACCGACGGAUGACUCACGUUCAUUUUACACCACCGCCUGUAACGACGUCGUCUUGUUUUAUCUACCAGAUGACCUCAUCGAUUCAUGAAAUAGUGAAAUUGCAGUGAUUUGGUUGUAGAUCUAGGUUUUGUGAGGUGUGAAUUUGAGAUGUGCACUUCACCUACGGAAGCGCGUCAUCCGCUGGGAUCCGCACAGCUCCCGAGGGAUGAUCUCUUCCAAUUCUGCCUAACCAUCGCCGGAGACACUCCAUCAUCUAACCGGUUUUUCGAUGCCAUUGCGAGUCAUUGUGUUCCCGUAAGAAUCAGCUAUGACAUUGAGCUGCCAUUUGAAGAUGUCCUUGAUUACUCAAAAUUUUCCAUAUUUGUUCAAUCAUCGGAUGCUGUUAAAAAAGGGUACCUUAUGAAACUUCUUAGAGGAAUUAAAAGACAAAAAUGGAUUCAAAUGUGGGAAAGAUUGAAGAAAAUCGCACUGCAUUUCGAGUACCAGUAUCCGUCGCAGGCCGGGGAUGCGGUCGACAUGAUAUGGCAGGCGGUUCAUCGGAAAAUAUGUUCGGUACAUGACAAUGGUGUUCGUAGGAGAAAUAGAUACCGGAUGUCACAAAGUCUUUAA